GUUGAGACUCAGUCAGCCGUCGGCAGUCGAAGGGAGUGGGUGUGUCUCACGCUGCUGCCGUCUCACCCUCUCUCUCUCUCUCUGAACCCCAUUCAUUUGGUUGUUGUCGACCGGCAAGAUGAGAGGGUCAACGACCUACUCAGCAACCUGCCUUCUAGCCUGUGUCGUCCUGCUCAUCCCGGCGUCUUCAGCCUUUUUCACGCUACCCUCUCCCUGGGGAUACAAGUGCGUGAACAGCACGUGCGUUAAGGAGGAGAACACGGGCCUAUCACAAGCUCGGACGCUCAACUUCUGCAAGCUGACCUGUGGUGAAGUGGGGGUGCUGUGGCCACGCCCGUCAAAGGCCGUCAUUGGUGACAAUGUCGUAGAGUUCCUUCCGACCAACGUGACGCAGAAGACAACAUGCCAGCAAGGCGUGUGUUCUUUGCUCGACCAGGCAGUCGAGAUAUUCAAGGACAACCUGCAGCGCAACCAUCCAGAGUACAGUGAGGGCUCAGCCCCUUGGAAGGGCCCUUGGGAUCCAGAAACUAUUGCACACACACUCCACUUGGACAUCACCGUGGCAGGCGGCGAGACCCGCCUUGGUCUUAGCACCGACGAAACCUAUACCCUCAGGGUGUCCACCAGCGGCUCCACUUCCACUGCCACAAUCAUUGCACCAUCCUACUUCGGCGCCCGCCACGCCCUCGAGACGCUGUCGCAGUUGACAGAGUAUGAAGAGAACAGAGAUACCCUCAUGCUCGUCAACGAUGCCACCGUGGAGGACUCGCCGGCCUUCGCCUACCGAGGAAUUCUCCUGGACACCUCGAGAAAUUUCUUUGAUGUCAACUCCAUUGAGCGGACACUGGAUGCCAUGGCAGCCAACAAGCUCAACACCUUCCACUGGCACAUCACCGACUCCCACUCCUUCCCGCUCUACCUCGAGACGCUCCCCAAGAUGGCCUACUACGGUGCCUACAGUUCUCGGCAGGUCUACUACCCUGCAGACGUCCGCCACCUGGUGGAAUACGGCAGAGUCCGGGGUAUCCGCGUGCUGCCAGAGUUCGACGCCCCCGCCCACGUCGGCAAUGGGUUCCAGUGGGGAGAAAAACAGGGACUGGGGAAGCUGGCUGUCUGUGUGAACCAGGAACCUUGGCAAUCCUACUGUGUGGAGCCUCCUUGCGGACAGCUCAACCUGGCCAACCCCAACAUGUAUGACAUCCUCGGUCAGAUCUACAAUGAGAUGGUGGAGCUCUUCAGCCCAAUCGACCUUUUCCAUUAUGGAGGAGAUGAGGUGAAUCUCAACUGCUGGAACACCACGGACGAGAUCACCAGCUGGAUGGACGAGAACAACUUCGGCCGCGACGCCGACGCCUACUACAACCAGUGGAGCAUCUUCCAGGAGAAGUCCCGCCAGCUCCUCACCGCCGCCAACGGCGGCAACGAGGUUCCUGGCAUCCUGUGGACGUCCCACUUGACCGAGGAAGGCCGCGCCGACCAGUACCUCGACCCCACCAAGUACAUCAUCCAGAUCUGGACGACCGGGACAGACAAGCUCAUCGGGGAGCUCCUGCAGAAGAACUUCCGCGUCAUCUUCUCCAACUACGACCACUGGUACCUGGACUGCGGCUUCGGCGCCUGGGUCGGCGAGGGCAACAACUGGUGCAGCCCCUACAAGGGAUGGCAGGCCGUGUACGACAACAAUCCCCAUGAUAUUGCCGCCAACCUGACAGGAAAUACCUACAGUAACAGCAUCUUAGGAGGUGAAGCUGCCCUCUGGUCAGAACAGGUCGACGAAACUUCGCUUGACUCAAGACUGUGGCCGCGCGGAUCCGCACUUGCCGAGCGCCUGUGGACGAACCCUAGCCACAACUGGGAGCCAGCCGAGACCCGCCUGAUCCACCAGCGGCAGCGUCUGGUGGCGAGAGGGAUCGAGGCCGACCGCAUCCAGCCCCAGUGGUGCCACCAGAAUGAGGGCCUCUGCUAUCUCUAGGGAUGCGAGGGGAUAUUUAAGCACAGGCAAGACCUUCGUGAUGGCUCUUCCUGUUAGAGGGAAAGAAAUACAGAAAAGGAAACAUUGACAAAAAGGGCAAGAAACAGGCCAUGUACCCCUCUAGACUAAACCAAAAUAAGAACCUCAGAAAGGCGGUAGAAUGUGUAGAUAUGGAUGUAGUGAGUUGUAGCUUACCAUACACCCUUUACCCAUCGCUCAUACUUCUCGCCCAGAUACUGUGUUCUGUGUUUGUUCGUGAUCAAGUGAAGAAAUGUUCAGAGGAAGUGAGUUUUAGUGUUUACAUUUGAUAUCUCCUUUACUUCAUUUUGAAGUUCACAGCAUGAUUUAUUCCACUUCAUGUUUGCUUGUUACGGUGCACAGUUAACUGGAAAUGAAAAAGCGGGCCCGAAAUUCACAUGUUCUGUGAUUUGCAUCAGUUGAUUUUCAAUAAAUUUUAUAAACGUUA